CUUGGUCAGUUGGGCCCUUAAUAUGCGGAAGCCCAAAUCCAUUAGUACCUCUACCGCCAAUUGUAACUGUCCUAGCUUAACGUUUUCCCUCCCUCACCGUCGUAACAAUCUGGUAGAAUCCGGCAUUGCUUAACCGGUUUCCGUUCCUCCUAUCUAUCUUCUCCGGCGAUUCACCGUGAGUAGUUCACAUGGAAGCCCGUAAGCGUGGAGAUUUUCUGAUUCAAACGCUGUUAGCCGCCGAGAAAGAAGCUCGCCAAAUUAUAAAUGCGGCCAAGGCUGGGAAAAUGGAUAAACUCAAACAAGCCAGAAAUGAGGCUGAAAAGGAGAUGGUUGAGUAUCAAGCCAAAGUGGAUCUUGACUUUCAGAGGAAAGUGGCAAAGUGCAGUGGAGAUUUUGAUGCCAAUAUGAGGCUCCUUGAGCAGAAGACACAAGCAAAAAUAUCUGCUUUGACAGCUGAAGCGGAUUUAAAAUCCCAUGUUCUUGCUAACACGCUGGUCAAGGGUGUUAUAUAUGUGAGAGUUUAAACUCUUGCAUAUCCAAGAGAGGCAGCUUGACUUUAUUAAUCAAUAGUUUUACAAUAAUAUAAAGCUGGAGGCUUAUCCGUUUUGACUGAAAGUGGUAAAUCUUAAUUUUACCACGUAGUAUCAUUGAAUUGAAUUACUCCUUAAUAGCAUAGUUUUGCUGAAGACUAAAUCUGUAUCUAGUGUGAGCUUUUAAAUUCUUCAUCCUCUCUGCUAAUAACCUCCUUAUUUACAUUAA